AUGGACAUCUAUGAACAGGCCCUCGGGAUAAUGGUUUUUGGUGGAUUCAUGGUAAUCUCCGCAGUUGGAAUUGCUCUUGUCUCUACUUUCUCUAUGAAGGAGACAUCUUAUGAAGAGGCUCUAGCAAAACAGCGCAUUGAGUUAGGUACAGUAAAAUCAGGUCGCACAGAGAAAAAGAAGAAGGACAAAACAGCUGACAAAAAGAACCGUGGAAAGAAGAAGGAAGAAAAGCCAAAUGGAAUGAUCCCAGAAGCUGAAAAAACAAAUGCGACUCACAAAGCUGAACUGGUCCCAGAGUCUCGUGCCACCCCAAUUGUGGCUACUGCUCCUGUGGUUCAAUCUGCCCCCAAGGGAAAGACAAAUGCAAGCAGAGCACCAGCAGAGCCACAGUCCAAAGAUGUUAAACCAAGUCAACCACCUGCUGAGUCCUCACUUGAACCUCCUUCUAAAAAUAAAAAGAAGUCAGCCAAGAUUCAAUCAACCUCUGCCCAACCUCCACUCGCGGUUACUUCUUCGUCCGACAAAACUUCACCGAUUCCUGCUUCAGUCCAAGCCACAAAAUCUACCAAGGCAAAAACAGUGGCUCCAUCUUCUGCCAAAUCUCCUGCCAUAGAUAAGACUGCCGCUACAUCUGGCAACUCCACCCCUAUCUCGGGCAAUUGCACUUCUGGCAAGUCUGCUGCGGCCUCAACAAAGUCUAUACCAGCUUCAAGCAAGUCCAACAGUGCCUCUAAAGCCACUCCGACACAGACCAAGGACACCCCUGUUUCUGCCAAGGCCACCACCAAGGCCACCCCUGCCUCUCCCAAGGCCGGUGCCACCAAGGAGGCCCAGACGAAGGGCGCCGCCAAGGAGGCCCAGACGAAGGGCGCCGCCAAGGAGGCCCAGACGAAGGGCGCCGCCAAGGAGGCCCAGACGAAGGGCGCCGCCAAGGAGGCCCAGACGAAGGGCGCCGCCAAGGAGGCCCAGACGAAGGGCGCCGCCAAGGAGGCCCAGACGAAGGGCGCCACCAAGGAGGCCCAGACGAAGGGCGCCGCCAAGGAGGCCCAGACCAAGGGCGCCGCCAAGGAGGCCCAGACCAAGGGCGCCGCCAAGGAGGCCCAGACCAAGGGCGCCGCCAAGGAGGCCCAGACCAAGGGCGCCGCCAAGGAGGCCCAGUCCAAGGGCGCCGCCAAGGAGGCCCAGUCCAAGGGGGCCGCCAAGGAGGCCCAGUCCAAGGGGGCCGCCAAGGAGGCCCAGUCCAAGGGGGCCGCCAAGGAGGCCCAGUCCAAGGGGGCCGCCAAGGAGGCCCAGUCCAAGGGGGCCGCCAAGGAGGCCCAGUCCAAGGGGGCCGCCAAGGAGGCCCAGUCCAAGGGGGCCGCCAAGGAGGCGCAGACCAAGGGCGCCGCCAAGGAGGCGCAGUCCAAGGGCGCCGCCAAGGAGGCGCAGUCCAAGGGCGCCGCCAAGGAGGCGCAGUCCAAGGGCGCCGCCAAGGAGGCCCAGAAUAAGGCCGCCACCAAGGAGGCCCAGAUCAAGGCCGCCGCCAAGGAGGCCCCGGCCAAGACCAAGGCCGCCCCACUCCUUGAAACGGUCUCCAAAGAUGUUCCCAUCAUGGCAGUCCCUCCAGUGGGGUCUAGUGCACCCAAAGCUCAGGAGCCUAAGAAAAAGUCCUCAAAGAAAAAAUCUGAAAGCGUGGCAACAGUGGAUUCCACUCCGCUGUACCUGCCCUACAAGGUUUUGGCUUCCACUGUCAGCAGCAUGGUUUUCAGUGAGAGAGAAGCUCAUGAGCUUAUUGAGAUGCUCUCUGAGAAAGUUGGCAUCAUCCAAGACACCUGGCACAAGGCAGCGCCAAAAGGUGACCAAGUGACCAUGCUGAAGAAACAACUGGAGGAGAAGGAAAAGCAGCUCGGGGCUGAACAAGAGGACUCCACUGCAGCUAAGAACCGUCUAAGAGAUCUUGCUAAGGAGCUCUCUGCUGAGAAGACCAAGGUGGCUAGUGUUGAGACUAGGUUGAGCUCCCAGUUAAGCAAGAAAGAGCAGGAAAUGAUUGCUCUUGAAGCUCGCAUGCAGGCCAGCUACAAGGACCAUGUAGCCCAAACCCAGAAACUCAAUGAAAAGAUUGUAAGUCUGCAAGAUGAGCUUGAAAAGGGUCCCAACGCCCAACUGGCCCGUCUCCAACAAGAGAACUCCAUUCUUCGUGAUGCUCUCAACCAAGCCACCAGUCAAGCUGAGAGCAAACAAAAUGCGGAGCUAGCCAAACUGCGUCAGGAAUGUGCAAAGCUAACCAAGGAAGUCGGAGAGAAGACUGAAAUUCUACACGCAGAUGAACAUGUGAAGAAAGGGUUGGAAGCUAAGGCCUCUGCCAUGGAGAAGCAGCUUUCUGCAUUGCAGGCCAAUCAUGACGAAAGGGAGCAAGCGUUGCAGAGGAAAUUGGAGGAAGUCUGCGUGGAGCUGAGAACAGCACAAACUGCAAACAACAGCCUACAGGACUCUUUGAAAAAGGCCCAGCAGCACACAAGCACACUCUCAGAGUUCCAGGUGCAAAUAGGAAAUCUUGAGGCUCAGGUCAAAGAGCGCGCCGCUCAGGUCGACGCUCUCACGACUGAGCUAGAAGGAACACAGGUUGAGAAGCAACAGCUUGUGCAACAGUUGGCAUCCAUCAACUCUUUAUUGGAGGCCAGCCAGAAUAAAAACGAGCAGGAAUCUCAACAGGAGAAGAUGAAUGCUGCUGAGCUUCAGCAAUUAAAGCUCAGUCUGCAGGAGAGGGAUGACCAGUUGAACACUCUCCAGGAGGAACUGAAGCUAUUUCAGAUGAAGGAAACUGCGCAAUCAGAUGAACAGAUACACAACAGUCUGACAGAGAAGGAAGCACUUGUCACGUCACUACAGGAGCAGCUGAAGGAGUUGAAGCAAAAUGAAGCUGCCUUGAUUCAGCUGAAAGAUUUUCAAAGUGAAGCCACAAAAUCCCUCCAAACCCUCUUCCCACUAGUAUCCAUAGAAACGAAUGAGCCAAACUGGUUACAAAGUUUUACGCUGAAAGCUCAGGAGGUUCUUUCACAAGAGAGCCAACAGUCCCAGUCAAGUCAAGAAUUACCUGAGUUGCUUGAAAAGCUGAAGGAGGCUGAGGAGACCCACACAACCCUGCAAGCAGAAUGUGAACAGUACAGAACAGUUUUAGCUGAAACGGAAGGAAUGCUGAAACAUCUGCAGAAGAGUGUGGAAGAAGAGGAGCUAGUGUGGAAGUCUAAAAUGACUUGCUCUGAGGAGCAACUGAAAGCAGCUUUAGAGGAAGUACACAAGCUGGAGUCGGAAAAGCAAAGUAUGAAGCAGCUUAAAGAGCAACUAAUGCUUCUGGAGGCACAGCUGGAGAAGCAAUCAGAAAGCCAUUUCAUGGCCGAGGAGAUGGAACAGCUAAAGAUGCAGCUGUCUGGCAGUCAGAGCCAGCUGGACUUGGCCCAAAAGGAGGCCCAGGCGCACAAGGAGGAACUUGCUAAGGUCAGAGAGAAGCUGAGCCAAGUCGUGUUGAGUGGUCAGCGAGAACAGAACGGCCCCACAGAGUCUCAACCUAGACAGGUUUUGUCAGAGUUGAAUCAGACAACUGAGAAGCUUCAAGAGGAGGCUGCUGAGAGACAGAAGUUGGCAGAAGAGUUUGAGCAGGCCCAGACAACCAUCACAGAACUUCAGGCUCAGCUGAAUCUUCUGAAGGAUUCCGCAGAGUCUCAGCACAAUGAUGCAGAGGAUGUUGCUCAACUCAAGGAACGCCUUGAGAAGGAGAAGAAGUUGUCCAAAGACCUUGGACAGGCAGCCACCAAGCUCCAGCAACUUCUUAAAGCAACUCAGGAGCAGUUGAGUAAAGAGCGAGAGGCAGUGGUAACACUACAAGAGCACCUAGAUGGCAAAGGAGAAUUAAAGGAGGGGACAUCCGUCUGA